UCGGCUUGAGACAAGGGACAACCAUCCUGCCGUGCUUCACAUAUUUCACAGCAGACCUUUAUUCAAAAGCUGAAUGAAAUCCGAAAUACAGGCGGUUCAGCGCUGGGACAAUACGGCACUUAGGGUUUAAAUGUUUCGGUAACCUUCUAUGAACUUUUGUUGUGGCUGUCUGCUUGUGCGUUUCUUUUGGACGGAAAAAGUCUGUGACUCGAAAUUUCUCACUGAGAAAUUGGUCGAGUUAAACACGCUCUUUGAGGCAAAUUUCCCAAGAUCUUGCAAGUCUGCAGAACACUCAACACUCCAAGAAAUCUCCUUUGCUGUGUCCAGUCUCCACAGUCUCUGGACACUGGAAGGAAUAGAUGGACCUCCACCGCCCCUUCAAAAUGGAUGGCUCCUCCUACCUCCCCACUCCUCUGGCUUCCCCAGCCCUCAUGGUACUGGCCUCCACUGCUGAGGCAGGCCGUGAUGCCUCCGUCCCCUGUCAGGCACCCCGCUCUUUCGGACUCCCUGUCUCCGUAGACAAAGACCUCCAUCUCCCCUUUCCAUCAGCUUCCUACACCUUCACAUCCAUGUACCACCGCCAGGGGCCCAUCUCAGGGGCUUUCUCUUCCAGAGAAUUCCCUGCCUCCUUGCUGCACCUCCAUCCCCAGUUUGCCAGCCCCAAUCUGGACUGCUCCUCUCUGGGGAUGCUCAACCACAGCGGGGUCGGGGCCUUUAGACCGUUCUCCUCCCCACUUGAGGAGAGGGAGGCUGGGGGGUACCACUCAGCCUUCACCCCCGCCAAGCGACCGAAGGGCUGCUACACAGACUCGGAGGGGAAGGGGUAUGAGUUUGGUACACCAGGAGGGUCCCUCCAGGCUGUAGCUGAGGACGCUGGGAGGAAGCUCUUUGCAGUGUCUGGUCUCCUGUCUGACGGAGAGGGUUCGUCUAGCCCUGAAGAAUACAAGGAGGGUUGUAUGAAGGGCCUGUUUGACUCCCAGAACCCGGUGUGUCCAGUGUGCCAGGCAACAUUGCGCCCCGGGGAGAUGCAGGAACACAUGGAAGAGGAGAUGGCCAGACUCAAACAACUCCACAUCAGUGCACAUUCAGCACAUGGAGACCAUCUUUUAGGGACCUCUAAGCCACUCUCAUUGUCUCUACAAAUCAAGUGUGAGAGGGGGUCCCCCAAUCCUCGUUCCCCCGAGGACCUCCACUCAGACAGGUACCAGACGUUCCUUCGUGUGAGGGCCAACAGACACACCAGACUAAAUGUCGAUGACCUCUACUGGUGCAGGUGCUACACCAAACCCGCCCCUUUACGCCCCCACAAUGGAGCCCACCUAGCUCCUGACUACACACAAGCUGUCAGGAUUGGAAAGCUGAAGAGACGGAAGCCUGAGGAGGGGCAUGAUGGCCUUACCGACCUGGGGGGAGAUGAGGAUGAGUGGAGUGAGAGAAGGAGGAUGACAUCCAUACUGGGGGAAUUCAAAGGAGCAAUCAUGGUGAGCAGCAGUAAGACGAGGGAGGUUCGGGACAGCAACGCUGACCUGGACGUGGAUGGAGACGAUACUCUGGAGUAUGGAAAAGCCCAGUACACAGAGACAGAUGUCAUUCCCUGCUCAACAGAAGAACGUGGGGAUGUGGAGGGGAGGGAGGCAAGGGCGGCCAAGAAAAGGAAAAAAAAAGUAAAUUUGCUUGCUUGUGUUCUGUUUGUUUUUUUUAGUGGUGGCUCGGAAUCUGAUCGAUUAACGCUGAAUUGUUCCAAAUGGAGAAAUGAGGGGAGUCCAUCCACCAGCAAUGGCGAGAGUAACAAACUAGAUAACAACAUGAACCUCCUGAACACGACCUGCAAAAACAGUGACAUUGAGAUGGUCUCCGAGGAUUCUGCCUUAACAACACUGGAUUCUCUAAAAGCUCGGAUAAGGGAUCUGGAGAAGCAGCUGUCUAAAGGGGACAGAUACAAAUGUCUAAUCUGUAUGGACACAUACACAACUCCGCUCACAUCCAUUCAGUGCUGGCAUGUUCACUGUGAAGAGUGUUGGCUCCGAACUCUGGGGGCUAAGAAGCUGUGCCCACAGUGCAACACCAUCACUUCCCCCGGAGACUUGAGGCGGGUAUACCUGUGAGAGCACAGGGCAUCACAAGUUUUAAACUUAUCAGAGGGGAACUGCUGUAAGGACAGCUGGCCUGUCAUACUGUAUCCACCUUUUCCUCUCAUUGAUCCACAGUACGUUUCCCACUUUCCAGUGACUCAGUGGGGUAUCACAUGGCAUACUGGAGAACAUGAAGAUAUACUGAGUAGUACUUUGUAUUUGGGCCUGUAAUCUGCAGUUAAGCCAGUUGUAAGACUUAAUGCAAUUUCAACUACAUUUUCAAGUACAUGUGUAACUAUAAUUUAAUUAAAAAAAAAAAGGUAUUCUACACUCGGAAGCUCAGGCGUUGAAUGAAAUCUGUUUCACUCUUUGGACUAUUUUAAGGAUUUUUAUAAUAGUGUGUCCGUUUUCAUGAGAGAAAAAAAAUCUAGCACAUGUACAUAAUUUUCCCAAUGUUUGCGAUUGCCUCUGUAUAGAUGUGGCCUAAACGACUCCCUUUGUGUGCACAGAGAAGCUUUAGCUAUUUAUAGCUAAACCUAUAUCUUUGUUUAUUUAGGUA